UGCACUCCAGCCUGGGCAACAGAGCAAGACUCCAUCUCAAAAAACAAACAAACAAACAACAACAACAAACAAACAAAAAAACCAAGGAAAAAAACACUAAAACCUUGGAUGUCCUGGGCAACCCCGGACAAGAUGAUCACUCUAGAUAGAGUUUUUAAAAAUUAGUUUUCAGCCUGGCCAAGAUGGUGAAACCCUGUCUCUACUAAGGAUACAAAAAAUUAGCCGGGCUUGGUAGCAGGCACCUGUAAUCCCAGCUACUCGGGAGGCUGAGGCAGGAGAAUCACUUGAACCCGGGAGGCAGAGGUUGCAGUGAGCCGAGAUGGCACCACAGCACUCCAGUCUGGGCAACAGGGCGAGACUCCAUCUCAAAAAAAAAAAAUUAGUUUUGCCACUGGGCACGGUGGCUCAUGCCUGUAAUCCCGGCACUUUGGGAGGCCGAGGUAGGUGGAUCACCUGAGGUCAGGAGUUGGAGACCAGCCUGGCCAACGUGGUGAAACCCUGUCUCUACUAAAAAUACAAAAAUUAGCCAGGCAUGGUGGGGUACGCUUGUAAUCCCAGCUACUGGGGAAGCUGAGGUGGGAGAAUUGCAUGAACCCAGGAGGCAGAGGUUGCAGUGAGCCGAGAUGGCACCACUGCACUCCAGCCUGGCCAACAAGGGCUAAAUUCUAUCCCCCCCCCCAAAAAAAAACAAUAACGAUUUUGGGAGUAUUAGAGCAGAAAACGUUUGAAAACAUGAACAGCUCUCACAUCAACACAAGACCUGAAACUCUGUUGGCAAGAGAGGCCUCUUUGGGGAGAGUGCUCACUCGUCUCCCACCCACUCUCUACCACCCUCAACCUCCUGUCUGGGGCACAGUAACAAGAGUUGUAAGGGGUGUACAGUGCCUAGCAGGGGACUGGCACUUAGGCUUCAAUAGGUGCCAGUCCACAGUCUCUUGAGGCCCAUGUUGGUUGGUGUCCACCUGGUGCUUAUUGACCACUUGGGCUCCAGAUUUUCCUCACAUCACCUCCCUCCCCAGGGUAGCAGAUAAAGGCCCCACAGUUCCAAGGAGGCAGAACUUUUACAUUCCUAAAAGCAUUCUCAGGCCCCCAUAACCCCUCAUCCCACCUUCAGCUUGCUCACCUUCACCUAUCAAAUUCGUUUGACAUCUGGCCUCCAGCAACUAGCUAGGCUGAGUUCUCCAUGAAGGGGACGUGGCUGCUGGUCAAAAGGGAAAGCCCAUGUCUAAAAAUUAAUUAACGUGGUUUAGGGGCCUCACAUUCCCAACCCCCAAAUACAGCCAUUGGUGAGAUGUGAGAUUCAAAAAAUCGAAGAGUGAAGCGGUGAUGAGAGUCCAUCUGGUCGCUCUUUGGAUGCGGCGCUAGCAGGCAGUUGCAUGAAAGCAGAUCCCAGAUCACGUUGCACUGGCACACAGUAGGUACCCACACAUAUUUGAUAAAUAAACACUCUCUCCCUAGCAUUACUAUAGAUAGCUGGCAGCUUGGCCCGGCAUCCCGGAGGGGUCUGGAUCUCAGGGACUAGAUAAGGCCAGCACACUGAAGAGUUGCAGAAAAUGCAGGCGGUCAGGCGCAGGUCUGCUGCGGGAGCACCUGCCGUGUCCGACAGCUGCACUGGAAGAGGGGCGUGUGUCUCCCAGCCGGGCGGAACCGAGACCGCUUCGUCCCCGGCGGGGAACUUCAUUUCCCACAGGCCUGUGCGCGAGACUCCAUUUCCCACAAGCCCUCCUUCACUUCCGGCUCGGCCGAGGCACUGCGGACGGCUUCCGGGUUUGGGCCUGGCUCUGUGACUGAGGCGGCGGCGGUGGCGGCCAAGCGGGAUACGGGCGGCGGGAGCUGGGGAACAGGCAUGGACGUUUCGGGGCAAGAGACCGACUGGCGGAGCACCGCCUUCCGGCAGAAGCUGGUCAGUCAAAUCGAGGAUGCCAUGAGGAAAGCUGGUGUGGCACACAGUAAAUCCAGCAAGGAUAUGGAAAGCCAUGUUUUCCUGAAGGCCAAGACCCGGGACGAAUACCUUUCUCUCGUGGCCAGGCUCAUUAUCCAUUUUCGAGACAUUCAUAACAAGAAAUCUCAAGCUUCCGUCAGUGAUCCUAUGAAUGCACUCCAGAGCCUGACUGGCGGACCUGCUGCGGGAGCCGCUGGAAUUGGCAUGCCUCCUCGGGGCCCGGGACAGUCUCUGGGCGGGAUGGGUAGCCUUGGUGCCAUGGGACAGCCAAUGUCUCUCUCAGGGCAGCCGCCUCCUGGGACCUCGGGGAUGGCCCCUCACAGCAUGGCUGUCGUGUCUACGGCAACUCCACAGACCCAGCUGCAGCUCCAGCAGGUGGCGCUGCAGCAGCAGCAGCAACAGCAGCAGUUCCAGCAGCAGCAGCAGGCGGCGCUACAGCAGCAGCAGCAGCAGCAGCAACAGCAGCAGUUCCAGGCUCAGCAGAGUGCCAUGCAGCAGCAGUUCCAAGCAGUAGUGCAGCAGCAGCAGCAGCUCCAGCAGCAGCAGCAGCAGCAGCAGCAUCUAAUUAAAUUGCAUCAUCAAAAUCAGCAACAGAUACAGCAGCAGCAACAGCAGCUGCAGCGAAUAGCACAGCUGCAGCUCCAACAACAGCAACAGCAGCAGCAGCAGCAGCAGCAGCAGCAGGCUUUGCAGGCCCAGCCACCAAUUCAGCAGCCACCGAUGCAGCAGCCACAGCCUCCGCCCUCCCAGGCUCUGCCCCAGCAGCUGCAGCAGAUGCAUCACACACAGCACCACCAGCCGCCACCACAGCCCCAGCAGCCUCCAGUUGCUCAGAACCAACCAUCACAACUCCAGCCACAGUCGCAGACCCAGCCUUUGGUGUCACAGGCACAAGCUCUCCCUGGACAAAUGUUGUAUACCCAACCACCACUGAAAUUUGUCCGAGCUCCGAUGGUGGUGCAGCAGCCCCCAGUGCAGCCCCAGGUGCAGCAGCAGCAGACAGCAGUACAGACAGCUCAGGCUGCCCAGAUGGUGGCUCCCGGAGUCCAGGUCAGCCAGAGCAGCCUCCCCAUGCUGUCCUCGCCGUCACCGGGCCAGCAGGUGCAGACCCCGCAGUCGAUGCCCCCUCCCCCCCAGCCGUCCCCGCAGCCCGGCCAGCCCAGCUCACAGCCCAACUCCAACGUCAGCUCUGGCCCUGCCCCGUCUCCCAGUAGCUUCCUGCCCAGCCCCUCACCGCAGCCCUCCCAGAGCCCAGUGACGGCGCGGACCCCACAGAACUUCAGUGUCCCCUCACCUGGACCUUUAAACACACCUGUGAACCCCAGCUCUGUCAUGAGCCCAGCUGGCUCCAGCCAGGCUGAGGAGCAGCAGUACCUGGACAAGCUGAAGCAGCUGUCGAAGUACAUCGAGCCCCUGCGCCGCAUGAUCAACAAGAUCGACAAGAACGAAGACAGAAAAAAGGACCUGAGUAAGAUGAAGAGCCUUCUGGACAUUCUGACAGACCCCUCGAAGCGGUGUCCCCUGAAGACCUUGCAAAAGUGUGAGAUCGCCCUGGAGAAACUCAAGAAUGACAUGGCGGUGCCCACUCCCCCACCGCCCCCGGUGCCACCGACCAAACAGCAGUACCUAUGCCAGCCGCUCCUGGAUGCCGUCCUGGCCAACAUCCGCUCACCUGUCUUCAACCAUUCCCUGUACCGCACAUUCGUUCCAGCCAUGACCGCCAUUCACGGCCCACCCAUCACGGCCCCAGUGGUGUGCACCCGGAAGCGCAGGCUUGAGGAUGAUGAGCGGCAGAGCAUCCCCAGUGUGCUCCAGGGUGAGGUGGCCAGGCUGGACCCCAAGUUCCUGGUAAACCUGGACCCUUCUCACUGCAGCAACAAUGGCACUGUCCACCUGAUCUGCAAGCUGGAUGACAAGGACCUCCCAAGUGUGCCACCACUGGAGCUCAGUGUCCCCGCUGACUAUCCUGCCCAAAGCCCGCUGUGGAUAGACCGGCAGUGGCAGUACGACGCCAACCCCUUUCUCCAGUCGGUGCACCGCUGCAUGACCUCCAGGCUGCUGCAGCUCCCGGACAAGCACUCGGUCACCGCCUUGCUCAACACCUGGGCCCAGAGCGUCCACCAGGCCUGCCUCUCAGCCGCCUAGCCAAGACUGCAGGGAUGGCCCGCAGCCUCAUCGGGGCCAAGGACACACGCCUCCUGUCAGACACUUCUAGGUGUUGGCUUCCUUAGAGAGCCUGGGGUUAGGUUAGCUUUCCUGCUUUUAUCUUCUGCCUUGGGGACCUGCCAAACGAAAUCCCACAGCUGUACAGAACUGGGAUAGGCGCAGUGGAGCGGGUUGUUGGGGGCCAUUGGCCGACUUCUUAGAGAAGGCCCUCCAUGUGACUUCCUCCCAGGAGCCAGAUGCCAUCCUCGGGCUGCUCUCACCGUGGCCUGUCCACAGUCCAGGUCCAUCUCAGCAGCGUGAGGGUGCACUCAGGGUGUUGUUAGAGCGUCUCGUGUGUGCUAGACACACCCCUACUCGUUCCUAUAGGAGAACACAGAGGACAUAGGAAACCCUUAAAACACACAUGGGAUUCUCUGGUCACAGUUUUGGGUUCAGGCUACGCUGCUUUGGGUAGGUGGAGCACCCCCCGAGGAAGCCCGCAAGUCCAGGGCACAGGCUGCCUUUUGGAGGGAGGGCUGGCCCAUAGGUGCUGCUGACUCCCCGCCACCAGCUGGGCCUCAGCCCUCACGGCAUUCCUGCUGAGCACCGUGGGGCACCCAGGGAGCAGGGGCGUCGGGGAUCCUGCUGCCGGCACCCCUGUGCCGCUGGCAUGAGGGCCGUGUCCCCACUGUGAAGGAUGAAGAGCAAGGCCCUCAGGACCCGUGUCCUCAGAGCACCACACACUGAGCCACCCAGAGACAGCGGGCCUGGCAGCGGGCCGGGCCAUGCAGGGAGCGCCUCCCUAUGUUGCCUGCCACUCUGGGCACCGGCCAGCACCCUCUGGUGAGAAGAGGUCCCCCCUUUUUAUGUGCACUACCCCACCAUCUGUGAUUAUAAUAAAUUUAUUAUUCCUGUGUU